AUGGGUUUAAACAACCAAAUAGGUGGUUCAGUAGAUGUUUUAGCUCCGACUACUAUGGAUGAAGCCUAUGAGAAAGCUGUUAGGAAAGAACAAAAACUCCGUAACGACAAUUCCAUUAGAGAUAAAAGUAGAAAGAAGAGUAAUUGGGGACAGUCAUCUCGAAAGUUCAACAAGAAGGGAGACAGAUAUGGAGUCAACAAUAAAAACAAUAAAAGGCACCAAGGAGGACAACAAAACAACCAUAGAGAGGGUAAGAGUUUUGAUAAACCCAUAAGGGACUAUGGUGGGAAUAGUAGCAAAUCAGAAAAGAAGGGACCACCAGGGGGUUGUUUUAAUUGGGUUGGUAAUCACUAUGCCAACCAGUACCCAACUAAACCACCAGGAGGGCAACAUCAGAGGAACCCACUGCCACCUCAACAGGCAGUUUUUGAACAAAGAAUUCAUGCAGUGGUUGAUAACCGCCAGGUUGAGUACCAGUUCACACCAGUAGAGACUCUAGGUACUUUAUAUGGUAUACCCAUUAAUAUACUCAUUGAUACAGGUGCUACUGAAAAUUUCAUUUUGCCAAAAUUGCUUAGUAGAUUUCCUAGGAGAGCUAGUUUUAUGGUUAAUUCAUGGACAGUAGAAUAUGCCAACCAGUCAAGAGCUAAGGUAGAGAAAUACUUGUUUGGGGCAAGAGUAGAAUUUCCAAACUUCACUAGUGAAGUUGACUUAUCGCAUAGCACAGUGAGAGUGGGAGUCAGUGGUAUAGGCAGCGUUGGUAAAACCACCUUCGCCAAGGUUGUUUACAAUAGAAUUUAUGCCAGGUUUGAUGCUUAUUUCUUUGCACAGAAAAAUAGUACUCUUGUAGACUUGCAACGGGCAAUUCUAAGAAGAUUGGUAAAUUACCAUGGAGAAGCUUCAAGUGUUGCUGAGGGAAAAGCACUGAUGGAAAACCUAUUACAAGGAGUUCGUGCCCUUGUCAUAUUGGAUGAUGUGAAUGAUCGGAGCCACUUGGAUGAAGUGAAUGGGGAUUGGUUCGGGCCUGGUAACAGAAUCAUCAUUACAUCCCGAAAUCGACACAUACUCAAUCUUGCUGAGGUUGAUUCAGCUCUGAAAAUGACUGGGCUAGGGGAAUAUGAUGCUCUUCAAUUGUUUUGUUGGCAUGCUUUCUCAAGGCCAUUCGCGAAGACCCCCUACAAAAAUAUUUCUACAAGAAUUGCAAGAGCUUGCUGGGGGCAUCCUCUUUCAUUACAAGUUAUUGGAGCCCAUUUGUUUGAUAAGAAGGAGCAGGACGACAUUCAAUGUUGGGAAGAAGCUCUCCAUAACAUUGGGAAAAAUCAAGAAAUAUCCGGAGUCCUUCGAAUCAGUUAUGACGGACUUAGCCAUGUUGAGAAGGAAAUAUUUUUAGAUAUAGCUUGUUGCUUUGCUGGUGAAAGGAAACAUGACGCUGUUAUCUUCUGGGAAGUUUUAUACCCAAACAGAGUUCAAACAGCCCUCAAAAAUCUUAUGCUGAAAAUGCUUAUAAACUACAGUGGCACUCCAGAUCUCCUCAAUAUGCAUGACCUUUUGCGGGAAAUGGGAAGAGGGAUUCAAGAGCAGGUUGGUAACAAUAGCAGACUGUGGCUGCCUACGGGUGUACACAGAACUUUGAGCAGAGACAGAGCAGAGGGAGUGAAUAUGCUUGUUUACACAGGACAGAAUGGAAGAGAGCCCCUUAGCUUGCACAAAAUGCCUUCCCUACGCUACCUUGUUGUGCAAAAUACAAAAGUAGUGGGCAACAUUGGAAAUUUAGCUCCAAAUUUGUUAUGGAUAAAAAUUAGAAAUUGUGAAUUAAAUGAUACGUAUACAUGGUUAAGAUUAAGAAACACAUUCCAGCUAGAUAGUAGUUGGUCCCAAGUGAGGAUUUUAAGUAUAGAGCAGUGUGCAAGUCUUACGAGAAUCCCAAAUACCCUGGACAGCUUGGUGAACCUCCGAUGCUUGUAUCUAGAGAAUUGUGUAGCUCUCACAACACUUCCAAACACCUUUGGUAACUUGUCACAAUUGAAGGAGUUACAUGUUCGCAACUGUACCAAUUUAACAAGCCUUCCGGAUACUGUGGGCAAUCUCAUGCAGCUAGAAAUGUUGGAGCUGAGAGCAUGUACAGUUCUACGCAGCCUUCCCAGCACACUAGGUAAUUUAGCUCGACUAAGAAAGCUGCGCUUGAAAUAUUGCACAGGGUUAAGGUAUCUUCCCAACACAAUAGGCGACUUGGCACAACUCCAACAUUUGUCCAUGCGUGGUUGUUCAGAUUUACAGAGCCUUCGUUACCCUUUGGGCAAGCUACAAAAUCUAAAGAGAUUGCAUUUAUCAGAUUGGAAAGACCUACAAAGCUUUCAUGAUGGGGUUGUCAAGUUAGCCCAGCUUAGGGAGUUAAACAGAAGGGUCGGCAUUGGAAGCUUGGUGCAGAAGAAGUUUAAUGUCUACUUUAUAUACCACGCACCAGAUGAAAGGGAAAUAUCGAUGUAUUAUUAUAAGUACAAAUACCUGCGCACCGGAUCACUUCGUAUAUGCCCUUGCAGUGAGGAUGAGGAAAGUAGUGACAUUAGAGAGGCAAUUGAUAGCAGUGAUAUUGACAUUCUUGUUCCUGUGUAUUCCAAAACCUUUCUGCAGUCAAAUAUUUGCAUGAGAAAGUACGUAGCCAUACGCCGCUCGAAUGCCCUUGUUAUUCCUAUGUGCCAAUGCAUCUUUACAUGGUACUAUUUUAUCCAACGUUUGAACACAUUGAGAGAGUCAGAAUGCCAAAGUUUUUAAGAUAUAAAGAGUGUUUAUUUUUUUCAUCACACUUUUUUCAUAGUGAAUAUUUCAAUUAUAGUU